UGUUGUAGUUCGCUACCCCUGAGGGCGGGGUGCUCCCGGCAUGCCUUGCGCGGGCGGGACUAGUUCCGGCGGCGGCGGUGGCGCUCACCGGGACGCAGUGUAUUGGAAUUGCAGCAAGAGAAAACUUGCAGCAAAAUCUUCUCAGCAACACUUAUUGCUUCGGGCUGAGGAGUCAAUCGAAGCUGAGGGCAGGAUGUCGGAGCUGAGUGACGAGGCCAGCGAGUCGGAGCUGCUGAGCCGCAGCCUGUCCAUGUGGCACGGCGUGGGGCCCGUGCUGUGCCACCAGGAGCUGGACGUGCCCCUGGACCUGCACACCGCCUCCUCCGUGGGCCAGUACCAGGUGGUGCAGGAGUGCAUCCAGCGUGGAGACCUGGAUUUGAACCAGAGGAACUGUGGGGGCUGGACCCCACUCAUGUACGCGUCCUACAUCGGCCACGACAACAUCGUGCACCUGCUGCUGGAAGCAGGAGUGAAUGUGAACAUCCCCACCCCAGAAGGCCAGACUCCCCUCAUGCUGGCCUCCAGCUGUGGCAAUGAGAGUGUUGCUUACUUCCUUCUGCAGCAAGGGGCAGAGCUGGAGAUGAAGGACAUUCAUGGCUGGACUGCCCUGUUCCACUGCACCAGCGCUGGGCACCAGCAGAUGGUCAAGUUCUUACUGGAGAAUGGGGCAAAUGCCAACUGCAAGGAACCAGUGUAUGGAUACACACCUCUGAUGGAAGCAGCUGCUUCUGGCCACGAGAUAAUUGUUCAGUACCUUCUCAAUCAUGGAGUGAAGGCAGAUGUCAGAGAUAACACUGGAGCCACGGCACGGACCCUGGCCAUGAAGUAUGGACACACCAAGAUUGUGGGGCUGAUAGAUUUGCAUGCAGCCCCAGUGCCCAAGGUCUUCUGCAGAGGUCCAGGCAACUAUGAGGAGCUGAGUUCUUCAGAUGAAUCAUGUUCUGCUCCCCAGAGACAGAGACCUGCUCGUCGGACCAAGGGUCCCAGCAUCCAUGAGGGGCCCCAGGCCUUGGCCAAGAUCACAGCAGUUGGGAUUGGGGGAAGAAAGCAGUCUUGCUAUGAGCAGGUGCCCCCUCAGGGCUAUGUCACCUUCAGCAAUGAUGGCAGCUGUGAGUCAGGUGUCAUCAGGAACAGGGAUGUCACCUCCCCAAUCAACGAGCUGGACGUGGAGAGCAGCAGCAGCAGGGAGGAUAGUGCUUUGUCCAGCAACAGCUUGGGAACCAUCAGGAGCAGCAGCAGCAGCAGUGAAUGCCUAGUUAGGAUCCCAGGAGUCAGCAGUGAAGGUUCCUUGGAAAGCAAUGAGGACUCUGACCACGCCAACAGCCCCCCGAGUCGGAAACAAGCCAAGAGCUUUAAGGGCAAGAGCCGCUACAGCAACAGUGACAGCCAUUGCCUGGGGAAGGCUGGGGGCUGCAGCCAGCACCUUCCUGAGCCCCCAGCCUACACAGGGCCCCAGGAUCUGGCAACGUUCCUGGAGGAGAUCGGGUGCCUGAAGUACCUGCAGGUGUUUGAGGAGCAAGACGUGGACCUCCGGAUCUUCCUGACCCUCACAGAGAGCGACCUGAAGGAAAUUGGCAUCACGCUGUUUGGCCCCAAGAGGAAGAUGACGUCGGCCAUCGCGCGCUGGCACAGCAGCGCCCGCCCGCCCAGCGACGCGCUGGAGCUGGCCUACGCCGACCGGCUGGAGGCAGAGAUGCAGGAACUGGCCAUCCAGCUGCACAAGAGGUGUGAAGAGGUGCAGGUGAUGAAGGGCCAGGUGUGCCAGGAGCAGAAGCUGCGUGCAGUGGCUGAGAGCUGUUUGAUGGAGAGGGAUGAGACCUGGAAUGCCAUCCAGUGCCAGCUCGGAGAGGCUCAGGCCAUCACCAAAGAUGCUGGAGUCCUGCUGGAUCAGAUCAUGAGCUGCCAGGCCGAGCUCUCGUCCCGGCUGGUCCCGGAGCGCGCGGGCGAAGCGGCGCCGGACACGCAGCAGCAGCGCGGCACCGGGGAGAGCCGGCGGCCCGGGGAGCGCCCAGUGCUGGAAGGGUGGCCACCUUCCCUGAAGUCCCUGAGCUUGCCUGAGCUGUCAGCUGUGCUGGAGGAGUGUGUGGGAGAGAUGGGAAAAGCUCUGCAGACUGUGACUCAAAACCUCCAAAGGCUCCAGGCCCUGGGGCAGAGCGGGCAGAGCUGGCCAAAGCCAUAACCAAGCCAGGAGGGGUUUCUGACGUCGGGUGACCGUUCCACCCGGAAGCUGAGUGUGCCUGGGACAGGGAGCACGGGGCCGUGCCGAGGCCACCGCAGCUGGCAGGACAUGGAGGAGGCUGUGGCCACCAGAGAACACAGCUGGGAGCAUGAGGGACAGCAGAGGACAACAACCAGGCCUGACUCAAGGCUCCCAGGAUCUUUGGAAGGUUUAGAUUUGGAGGAGAAGCUCCAAGCCUGGAAGUUUCAUCUGCCUUAAGCUUCCUGCAGCCCUUGUUGUUCAGGUCUGAGUGGUGGUAGAAAGGUGGCAGUUGUACACAGCAAUCAAUUCAUUAUUACUAUUUUCUGCAUCCCAAGCUCCCCAGGGCCUCUGAAAUGUGUCCCUGGCUCCUCCUGUGCCCUGGGGAUUGGCCCAGAGAAUGGAUCUGAGGCCAUAACAAAGGCAGUUUGUUAUGGUGGGGUUAGGGAGUGGGGUUUGUGAUGUUUGGCUCUUUGAGCUGCAGUGGAGCUCAAAGUGCAGCCCUGUUCCUAAUUGGAAUGUCUGCUCUACUGCCACCCCAGAACUGGGCUUCAAAGCCUGUUCCUCCAACCAGCCCACUCUGGUUCACUUUGGGUUCUUGUUGUUCUCAGGGGCUGGGUGAGAUCACGUUGGUGUUUAGGAAUGGCAUUCACUGAAACAUUCCCAACUCAUCCAUUCCCCUUCCUCCCCUCCCCUGGGGUGGGAUGGAGAGGAGACCUGGAGGCACAAAAGGUGAAGAUCACUGGCAGAAAUAAAAGCAUUUCACUGAAAACAGCAAUGAGAUAAAGAACAGAAACAGCAACAACAGUAAUAGCAAAAGUGUAAGGACAGGUCCUGGACCUGCAAAAAUGAAUCCUGUCCUGGCCAGAAGCAGGACAUCACCAUUACUCCAUCCCCAGGAACUUGGCUGUGUGCUUUAUGGCAGAGAUCAUUGGUCUGGUUUGCCAAGGCCAAGAUCCCAGCAGUGCAGAUGUUCCCCUGGCAGGACAGGAGAGAGAAGAGCUGGGACUGUUGAGCUUCCCAUGCCUCAGGCAAGCAGGGGACACCAGGGCAGCAGAGCAGGAACAGCCCAGGUGGAGCUCUGUGGUGCCAGGCUUUGCUCCUCAGCACUGCCUGCCUUUGAUGUGCAAGCUUUGUGUUGGGGAAAUAGUUCAGUGGGAAGUAGUUGUGCCAGGGUGUUCUUGGGUGGGCAGUGCCAAGGACAAGCAGUGCAGGGAGAGGCUGCCCUGUCCCUGGGAGUGGGUGAGGAGUCUGGUGACAGGGGCUGUGGUGUAAAGUAGUUUCCAGUGACUCUGUGCUCCCAUUUAUUCCUGAGUCCUGUAAAACACAAACAAUCAAAAUCUGAAGUCUGUGAGUGAUGGCCUUGAUCAGGACCAGUUCCCUUGGGAAGAGGAUGGAGCUGUGUGUUCCUUCUGGUUUUUGGACCUUGGGCACAGAUCCCACAUAUAAAAACUCAUCUAGCUCCAUCUUUUCAGCUAGUCACCCCUUUUGAUGAGCUGCUUGACAAGUGACAAGUGGUGUCUGUGCUUCCUGGGGCCAGCCCCUGUCCCAAACCAGGCAGGUAUGGCCCUCAGCUGUGACCCCACAUGCCUGGCAGUGUUCCCCCCUCUGGGUGCUGCCUCCUGCCCAGCACAAGGCACUGUUUGUUUUCAUCUUGAGCAAAUGCCAUGGAGCAUGUGGGCACCCAGUGCCAGCUGCAGGAGCUUCACCCUGCAGAGUCUGGAUGAGGUGGAGGAGUUCUCCUCAUGCAGCACCCCUGGAACCUCCUCAGAGGGCAGAGGCUGGGCUGGGAAGAGUGGUCAGGGCUUUGUCCCACAUUCCCUGUCACUGCAGGAGGGGGGAGUGCCAAGGUCUCUCCUGAGCCUUGGUGGUGCCUCUGGCUGCAGUAGCACAGGCUUGGUAGUGCUGUUUCCCUCGAACUUAAGGCAAAGCCCCCCAAAAAAUCCAAAGGGAAAGGGCCUGGGGGUGCCUGAAGAGCCAAGGAAGCCCAGGAUCAGCAGUGCCCUCAGAAUGGGGGGCUGUGCAGAACAGCGGCUGGGAGGUGACUGUAGGGAUUUGGGGCUGGCUUUGCUAAGUCUGAGGCUGGAAUAAAGGGGGCUUGGGGGAUUAACAUGGUCUAUCCAACAGAUUAGAAUGUCUGGGAAAAGGGGGGAGAGUUACCAGUGUGUGUGUGAAGGAAAAAGGCCCCAAACAGCUGCUGCAGGAGCCCAGGUGUAAAGGCUUCAAGGGUAAGAGCACAGGAGGGGAUUACAACAGAGUAUCCCUGAGGAGGCAGUGCCUGAACUGCAGGAUGUGAAACAGCAUUCCUGGGCAGGCACUGGGAGUCUGGUGCUACCCUAAGGUGAGCUGUCUGAGGAAAAACAGCAUUUGCUGACUUGGGUAAAUGAAUAAAAGCUGAGAUGCCUGUG